AUGGCUUUGGUUGGCCCUUCCCUGGAUCGACUGCAGCUGCGUCAUCCGUGGCGUUGUGCUCCGCAUGAGCCGCAGGAGCGGUCCUCUUGGCAGCCAGACAAAGCCAUUGGUGCUGUGUUGGCUGGUAUUGCUGCCACACAGUCACCAGGAAGACCUCGAUCUGGUCCUAAAGGUCUUGCAGCAAAGCUAAGCAAAGAGCUUAAAGGCUUCAAGCUGAGCGAAGAGAAAGCCAGGAAGCCAACCAAGGUAAAUAAAGAACUUGAAGAGUUUGAGAAACUUCAGAACGAGCAGUUGACGAAUUCCGUGCCAGAAGGCGCCGACAAGUCUCAAAGUGAAUUGGACAACUCCAAGCUGAAAGAAUCAUGGCAAUGGCUGCGGAGUAAAGCCCACAAAGCUGCAAGGCAGGCUUCUACCGUCCGGCAACAUGCUUCUGUUUUGUUUUCCAAAGUGCAACAGAACUCUCAAAAAGUCCAGCCGGUGAAGCGGGCAAAAUCCGCUUGGCGAGUGAUUCGAGAAUCUUGGUCUGGCACAAAACCUCGGCAGCAGCUCUUGACUUUUGUACUUGCAGUGCUUCUCUUGAUUGCUGUGUGGCCUUCUCGAUCAAUACCACAAGUUUCUGGUAGUCCAGAACAACGAAUGUUGCAGCUCCUGCCUGAGGAGGAAGCACGUUUGCAAAUGUUGAAUGAUGCUACACCAGGUGUGGUGUAUGUGAAAGGAAAACCGGCUUUGUGGAUCUCAGAGAAGGAAGAGCAAGGAGCAUUCGUCCCCGGUGGCACUGCUUGGAUCUUUGACAAUCGUCAUGUGGUUACGAGUUUGAGCAACAUCGACCAGGCAAGGCGUGGCUCUUUGAAGGUUGUCUUACCAGAUCGUAGCGAAGUGCCUGCCCGGGUUCUGGGAGUGGAUGAAGGGAGUGAUUUGGCGGUCUUGGAGUUGCCUGCAAAGAUAGCGCUACGUGAUGCACUUCCUUUGGGGUCUUCUGCAGCCUUGAGGCUUGGGCAAGAUGUGAUACUCAUAGGUCGUGAAGCCACACUGGACAUGAGGAUCUCCAAAGGAGUUGUCUAUGGACUGGGACAACCGCUAGCUCUAUCUGAUCAGCCAGAUGGUCAUCCAGUUCAAAGUUGCAUUCAAACAGAUGUGUUGAUGAACCCCAUAAAUCGAGGAGGAGCACUUCUCAAUAGCCGUGGGCAGGUCAUUGGAAUGGCAGUGGGGCCAACGGAUGAAGGCUCAGUUGGCCAGGCCAUACCUGCCGACAGUCUUCGAAAGCACAUAGACAGCAUCAUCUCCAAUGGCCAUGUUACGAGACCUUCUCUAGGAAUGUACUUGGCGCCAGAUGGCUUUGCUGAGAAGCUGGGUGUGGGUGGUGGAGGAGUUGUUGUCCAGGAAGUCAUACCUGGUUCUGCUGCCAAAAAGGCAGGUCUGAAAGCAGGUGACAUUAUCAUUGCCCAAGGCGAUCAUGCUGUUCAUCGCAUGGAUGACCUCAUUACAGUCCUGGAACCCUUCAGUCCUGGAGAUCAUUUCUCGCUGACAGUCCUACGCCAGACAGCAGGGGAAGGCAUUUUCGCUCCUUUCUCUCCUCAGGUGUAUUCGAAAUUGGACCUCACGGUGAAAGCGGUAGCGUCAGGUGGCAUUUGA